UCAUUUAAACUGUGGGAGUAAAAAGAAGGAAUUACCUUCUGCCAACAAAUCGCCACCAAUCACAAAAAUGAGUUGCAAAUUAUUCCUAGUAUUGUGUGCCGUCAUCUGUAUUGCCGGUUCUUUGGAGGCGGCCUCUUUAAGAGGAGCAGCUGCCGAAGAGAACACGGAUGCAGUAGUACAUAAAUUGGAUUAUGAAGGUGUAGAGGCAAAUAUGAGGAGUGCUCGUCAGGCCUAUCCUCAAGAUGAUUCGGGUGAAGAUUCCGAUGAGGAUGAUGAGGAAGAGGAUGCUGAGGCACAACAUCUGAAUGCCAUUAGACGUCAACAGGCUUAUGAGCAAUCGGUCGCCGACUCACAAGAGGGCAGUGAUGAAGAUGACGAUGAUGAUACUGAGGGAGAUGAUGAUGAUGAUUUUUAUGGUCGCAGACUGAGACGUGAUGUUUCAGAGGCUGUUAGCCAUAAUGAAAUUGAGGAAGACUCUAAACCCUCCGAAAACUCUGAGGAUAAAGAAAAACAACCAGCUGAAGAAUCUACCGAAACAGCUGCUGCCGCACCCGCUGCCACCCCCUCAGGUUCUUCUAAUACCUCUGUUUUAAUCAUGAUUCGUGAUGCCAUCAAGAAAGUCACCGAUCUACCCAAUACCCAGCAAGUAGCCACCAGUGCCCAACAAUAUUUCCAAUUAUUCGAACAUUUCCUACAACAAACCAUUGAACAAGUCAUUGGUGAUGAUGAUGAUGAGGAUGAAGCUGAAUCUACCACAAUUGCUGCGGAAGCUGAAAAAGAAACCGAAUCAGAAUCAACAUCAGCCGAUAAAGUAACCGAAAAUAGUACUGAUAAAACGCCUGCAAGUGAAACCAGUGAUAAGGAAUCAUCGGCCGAACAUGUUGAAGUACCACAGCCCGAAAAAUUGACCGAGGCUGCCAACGAAAUCAAAGCUUAAGUAGUCAUUUUGUAAAUUGUUAUAAAUACUUACAUACAUACUUAUUAUUAAUUAGUUAGUACAAUUUAUUUAUUGAAAUUAUUUAUUAUUUAUUUAUAAAGAUAAAAACAUAUUAAAACAAAAAACAAAUUAACGAAA